AAACCGCGAAUCGCGUGUCACGUUCCCGUUCGAGUACCGUUGAUCGAUACGCUCCAUCCGGUUAUUAAACCAAUCUCCGCAGAUAACCUAAAAGCAUUUCAGGAAACGGCACGCGGCUUGCUGUAUCUAGCAACGAACUGUCAGCAAUAGGGAAAGAAAAAACGAAUGAUAAAAGCAUCGAUCAAGAGUAAUUGAAACCGUCGCUGGCUGGUCUACCGCAGUAUCGAUCCAAUUCUCGCUGAAUAACGAUCACCGACAGAAUAAACAAUAAUUAAGAGUACUCAUUGUCUCCAGUGAAUAUCUUCUUCCUAAGUUCUUCUUCCUGAAUCUUCCGAUUUCCGGUUAGUGGCAAGGAUCGAUUCGCAGAUUUUUGUGAAAUAUACACCGAGUGAAUUCAUCGAUUUCCGCCACAUUGGCCUCUGAGCGACUCAUACAGAUCGCAGUGACGAUGCAAUAGCCGCAACCCGUCGUUGCGUUGCGUAGACAGUGCGUGACCAUGGAACACCUUGCAGGCACGCAUCGGGUUUCAACCGAAUCAGCGACGGCGAAUCGAAAGACAGCAUGGAUCUGUUGAGCCUGACCCUCCGAUCCAUCGAUCUGAGGGACUCGUCGUCGCAGAGCGACGGUUUCCUCGACCUGAGGGAGGAGAACACGGCCGAGGGGGCGGCCAAACAGAUCAAAGAGGAGCCGCGAGCCCCCGCGAGCGAGGAAUUGCAGGAACCGAAGACGAUCAGCCUGGACGAAGUCGCCUGGCACGACACCGUCGACAACUGCUGGGUCGUGAUCUACGAUUCCGUGUACGACUGCACGGAUUUCCUGAAAAAUCAUCCCGGCGGGUCGGAUGUGAUACUCGAGUACGCCGGCAGAGACGCCACUCUGGCUUUCAUUGGGACGGGACACUCGAGAGCAGCCAGACUGAGCUUAGAGAGGUAUCUUAUAGGCGAACUUCCACCGGGAGAAAGGAUCUUCCGUGUCCCGAACGGCGUGAAGGUCGCUGAAUUCUAAUCGGCGAAGCAGAAUUCUUUAUCGCGAGAUUCAGCGGGAGAGACUGAUCUCAUUGAUCCCUGAGUGUGGCGACUGAAUAUUCUUAGUACUUCAUCGACAUCGUUUAUGUGCAAUGGAUCCACUCCCUGCAGUUGCCGUCCUUUGAGUGUUUCAAUCAAUCGUAUCAAUGAUAUGCUAUUUAUAAUUAUUAUCGAGAGUGUGUACUGGCAUAUUUAACUAUUUAAUGUACCUUCGAGGCUUCUGACAGACUGGUGGGUAUUGGAAGACGAGCGUGACAUUCGCGUCUGCGUUUUUAUAUUUAUGGGAGAUUAGUACUUAAUAGUAUGGUUAAUAAAGAGAAGCUUCACGAA